AUGUCGAAAUUUCUAGGUAUCCGUCUCUCUGUCGCGACCAGUUCGCUAGGCAAGACCGCCGCUGGCUAUCACAUUCGUCAGAAACUGAGAGCAGCGCGGGCGCAGGGGUUUGACGGCGUGGAAGUUGCUUUCGAUUGCCUCGAGGGCCAUGCUCUGCUUGAACCAUUCGCGAGUGAGGAUUCUCGAGCUAGCCGUCUACUUGCUGCCGCACAAGACAUUUAUACCUUAGCCAGCGCCGAGUCCUUAGAGAUCAUUGCCUUGACGCCAUUUGGCGCUUACGAUGCUCUUGAACACCCUGAUGAUGUCCAAGAUCGAUUACAAGAAGCUGAAUUAUGGCUUCAGAUAUGCGAGAAACUCCGAGCUCCGAUUCUUCAAGUCCCAACCUUCAUUCCGCCAACAAACAAGAAAACUACAUCAAACAUUAACAAGAUCGCCGACAACAUGAGACGUCUAGGACAGCUUGCGCGGAGCUAUAAUAAGAUAAUUGCAUAUGAAGGUGUGGCGUGGGGCAUCUACACCGACAAAUGGCAGCAAAUACGAGAUAUCAUCGAACUGGUCAAUCUCCCAAAUGUGCGUCAUUGUCUCGAUACAUUCCAUAUAGCUGCCUGCUUAGCUGGCGAUCCAUUCAAUGCAUCCGCACCGGUCCGACCCGAGGGGUUAAUCGAGCUUGGUAAGAGCUUGGAAGAGCUGAGACAAACACUUGAUCCAAACACGAUCGGAUAUUUCCAACUAAGCGAUGCCACGGUGGCAGAUCCAGAUCAGAGAGGUUAUGCAAAUCCAGAUCUUAGCCAGCCUCCCUUUAUGGUACAAUCCCGCAAUUGCCGAAUUUAUCCUUGCGAGCCAGAGCAUGGUGGGGCCCUGCCUGCAGUAGAUGUUGCUAAAGCAGUCUUCGACACUGGCUAUCGAGGAUGGGUUUCAAUGGAAGUUUUCCACACUGAUUUGUGGAAGUACGGCGAAGAGUGA